AUGGCAGAGAAUGAUAAGCAUGUGCAACAUGCGAUCCCAAAAUUUGCUGGUCAUUAUGAUCAUUGGGCAAAGUUGAUGGAAACUUUCCUACGUUCCAAACAAUAUUGGAAUUUGGUAGAGCAUGGGAUCACCAAAGUUGUAGAUGAAGCAACACCUUUAGAGGAAGAAGUUAAAUUGGUGAAGGAGCAUAAGUUAAAAGACUUGAAGAUAAUGAAUUACCUUUAUCAAGCUAUAGACUGUGAAGUGUUGGAUACAAUACUUAAUGAUGAAACGUCCAAAGACAUUUGGGAUUCAAUGAAGCAAAAAUUCCAAGGCUCUACUAGGGUGAAAAGAGCACAGUUGCAAGCAUUACGUAGGGAGUUUGAAAUUUUACAGAUGAAGAAAGGAGAGAUAGUCAAUUUGUAUUUUGCUCGUACUCUAAAGAUUGCUAAAAGAAUGAAAGCGUGUGGUGAACAUAUGGAUGAGAGUGUUAUCACUACGAAAAUAUUAAGCUCCAUGAUCUCUAAAUUUAACUACGCUGUUUGCUCAAUUGAAGAAACAAAUAAUUUAGAGAUUAUGACAAUUGAUGAGUUACAAAGUAGUCUCUUUGUUCAUGAUGAUGAAGAAAAUGUGCUUCACAUUACCAAUGAAGAUAAAGGAGGAAGGGGAAGAGGACGGGGAAGACAUUUCAUUAGAGACGGCCAAGGAAGAGGAAGAGGAAGACAACCCUUCAACAAAGCAAACAUUGAGUGCUUUAAAUGUCACAAGCUUGGACAUUUUCAAUAUGAAUGUCCCACUUGGCAAAAUGCAAACUAUGUUGAGGCUGAGGUACAGGAUGAAAUAAAAGAAGAAGAUGAACUCUUAUUAAUGGCCUAUGUUGAUCACAAACAAGGGAAGGAAGAAAAUUGGUUUCCUGACUCUAGGUGCAGCAAUCAUAUGAGUGCCAAUGAGGAAUGA